UUGACGUCCUUCCUACUACAGUACAACGAGGAAGUGGAUUACCCUUUGGCAUAGUUUAGUCGGUGGACGACCUCAUGCACAAUGUGGAUCGCCGUAGCUGUAAUUUGUGCAGGCCUUGUUGCAUUCCUUUUAAAAUAUGCAUUUGGAACAUCAGGACCGAAUCCUUUCGAUAUCGAUACGCGUGAACCGCUGAAACCACUGGUCACUGACAAGAAGGAGAAAAAUAAAGUUCUUAAACAAGGUUUCUUAAUUAACAAAGUACCAGAGAACCUAGAUGCCAUUAUCAUUGGCAGUGGAAUAGGGGGUCUUGGGCUGGCAGUGAUGCUCGCUAAGGUUGGGAAGAGAGUCCUGGUCCUGGAACAGCAUGACAGGGCUGGAGGCUGCUGUCACACGUUCACAGAGAAAGGCUUUGAGUUUGACGUCGGUAUCCACUAUAUUGGUGACCUGUUGGAGCACAAGCCUUUCCGCUGCAUGCUGGACCAGCUGACCAAUGGCCAGCUGCAAUGGGAGCCCCUGGAAAACCCGUUUGACCAGGUGGUAAUCGGCCCAGCUGACAAUAGGCGCGUCUACCCUAUCUACAGUGGCAGUGACCGCUUCCCUCAAGAGCUAAAGAAGUGCUUUCCAGGGGAAGAGAAGGCCAUCGAUGAGUACAUGAGACUAGUCAAGAAAGCAGGACGCAGCGUUUGGCUCAUGGCUUUGUUGAAGAUCGUACCUCUCCCAUUGGCUAAGUUCUUGGUGUACACAGGCCUAGCCAAUCGUCUGUCUUUCUUCUUUAAAAUGGCGUCACGCAGUCUAACAGAGGUGGUCAAUGAACUGACUGAAAACGAGGACCUCAGAGCCGUUUUUAGCUACACCUUCGGCACAUAUGGUAACAUGCCCAAAGAUGCCAGUUUCUCUAUGAACAGCCUGCUUGUCUGCCACUACCUCCAUGGGGCCUGGUACCCAAUAGGAGGUGCCAGCGAGUUGGGAUACCACAUGAUCCCCAUCAUUGAGAAAGCAGGGGGAGCCGUUCUAGUCCGUGCUCCGGUCAACCGCAUUCUGUUCAACGAUGCAAAUGAAGCUUGUGGUGUAAGUGUAAUAAAGGGCAAAGAGGAGGUCCAUGUACGUGCCCCUAUGGUCAUCUCAAACGCUGGUAUCUUCAACACCUACCAGAAGCUGCUGCCCAAAGAGCUCCAGGCUAACCCGGCUAUCCAGAAGCAGCUUAGUAUGAUGAAGAAUGGAGAGGGAGGUCUGAGUAUCUUCUUGGGAUUGGAUGGAACCAAGGAAGAGCUGGGCCUGAAAGCAGAAAACUACUGGAUCUUCACAGAGAACAACAUUGAUGAACUGGUCGACUCGUACUUUAAGGGAAAGAGAGAGGAGUCGGCUCAAAGUGUACCUCUCCUCUUUGUGGCCUCUCCGUCUGCUAAAGACCCCACGUGGGAGUCAAGGUCACCAGGCAAGUCCACUCUAAGCCUGGUCAGCUUUGCCAACUAUGAGUGGUUUGAGGAGUGGAAAGAUGACAAGGUGACCAAUCGAGGGGCUGAUUACAAGGAGUUGAAGCAGGCAUUCAUCGACUCGAUCGUGGAAGUGGUGAUGGGCGUCUUCCCAAAGAUCAACAGGGACAAGAUUGAGUAUGUGGAUGCUGGGACCCCCAUCACAAACACGCACUACAUAGGAGCCCCCCGCGGGGAGAUCUACGGAGCCGAUCACGGCACUGCCCGCUUCAGUGCCGAGCUCAACGCCACCGUGAGACCCCAGACUCCACUGAAGAAUCUCUACCUGACAGGACAAGAUGUGUUUGUGUGCGGCUUUGCUGGCGCCCUGGCUGGAGCGCUCACCUGUGGUUCUGUCAUUCUCAAACGUAACCUGCACCUCGACGCCAUCGCCCUGGCCAAGAAGACCAAAAAUGCCAACAACAUGAAGAAAGAGCAGUAAAACCAGUGACGUCAGUAGCCUCAGAAAACCUGCAUGAAACACUGAAUGUGAAGAGGAUGAGAGUGGAGGAAGAGGGUGGAGGACAGGGCGUGAUUGGAAUGACAUGUAUUUAAUCUGGGUGUAACUAACCAGCACAAUCACUUUAAGAUACAUUUGCAAUAUAACAAGCCAUCAAAUCUGUUAUUUUAUUUCACUCAUCUUGACCUGUAAUAUUUGUAGCAUAACAUCACAUAAUAUGUUACAAUUGCAAUGGGACUUUUCACAUCCAAUUAAUUUACUAACAGAAUACAAACUUUGGUUGAAAAGACCUUGCUAAUUGAAAGCCUCAGAACAUUGUAAAUCGUUACAUUUAGAGUGCAGUUUGUUCGUUUUUAUAGUCUACUGUCAAAGAAGUAAGUUGUCUAUUGGUGGUUUCUUUCAGAAAUCAAAUGCACUUUUAAUGAUAGGACAGGAGUCUGCUGUUUUUACGAUUGACUACGACUAAUUCUUAUGGUAUAUUUUCGACCGGACUGCAGUAAUUUUCUACCCCACUGACGUGCCUUUACAGAAAUGUGAUUAUGCUUGUGUGGGAGGGAGAACCAGGGGAACUGGUUCAUGUGCAAGACUGAAGCACUGUGUUCGUAUGUGUCAAUAAAACAUAAUGCGAAUCCUCUAAAUGCCUUUUUAUAUAACAUUUAUUUGUAUAGUUAAUAAGGCUGAGUGGGUACAGAUUAUUUGAUGAAAAAUAAUUCAUAAAAUGUUCAAUAAAUGCAUAACAUUUUCUUUUUAA